GCACGCAUCGCGCAGAAGAUACCCCUAUUGGUCAACAAGUGAGGGUGUGAUUCUGCGCCCCAACCGCCGUUUCUCAGUUACUUCCUCAGUACUUCGUUCUCAGUUAUCGAAAAUAUUCACGAAGAGCUAGACGCAUCCAUGUUUCUUCCACUGAUAUCAUUAUUUACAGUACAAUAUGACAGACAUGCCUGAAUUUCACCAAACAUUCGAUGCUUUUUCGAAACAGUGGAAUGAUCAAUAAUGUUAAGGAGGAGAUUCUAUUUAAAAUGUAAUGUAUGUAAAGUCGCGAAUGCUCAACUGCAGUUAUUUUACGGAUAGCCUGCAUUUUAUUUAACUGAGUAAUGAUGCACUACAGAUUUCUGAGAUAUAACAGGAAUCCACAACGGGGAAUUCAUAUUUGACAAAUUCUUGAUAUUCUAUUGAAUGAAGCAGGAUUGAGAAUGCAAAAGUCUAUCUAUCGAUUUAUCAGAAGAAAUUAAAAUUCAUCAUUAAUCUGCAAAUAUGUUUGAUGAAGAUUACAUGGAUAUUGAAGCGGAAGUUGUGGAUCCCAUAGAAGUGGACAAUCCGUUUGUGACAACUACCACUCAGCAGAUUAUAAAUGAGACAGCAAAAGUAUGCUCAACAAACUUCAGUACUAAUUUAACAUUAUGUAUCAACAGCACAGACAUCACAAUACGGGCAGAUAUCAGCUCUUUGGAAUAUAUUAUCAGCAUCGUUGUUCCCAUACUUUUCGGCAUCAUCGUGGUUGUAGGCUUAAUUGGCAACACCUUGGUGGUUUUAGUUGUUGCUUGCAAUCCCCAAAUGAGAUCUACAACAAACGUGCUCAUCAUUAACCUUGCUGUGGCCGAUCUUUUAUUUAUAUUAUUUUGUGUACCAUUCACUGCUUUUGACUAUGCGGUGCCUUCUUGGCCUUUCGGAGAAGUGUGGUGCAGAGUGGUGCAAUACUUGGUUAUCGUCUGUGCUUAUGCUAGUAUCUACACACUCGUACUGAUGUCAUUAGAUCGAUUUUUAGCUGUGGUGCAUCCUAUCACGUCAAUGUCGAUCCGUACUGUUCGUAACGCUUGGAUUGCAAUUGGUAUCAUGUGGGCAAUCAUCGUAAUUGCAUGCAUUCCAGCGUUGCAAUCCCAUGGCCAAGUAUAUUAUUACAUACAGGAAAAAGAAUUUUCCGUUUGUGUUUUUCUCUCAAAUGAAGGAUACAAUUACGCUGCUUUUCAGAUAUCAUUUUUCAUGUCUUCUUACAUUGUUCCUUUGGCUUUGAUAUUUAUUCUUUACAUGCUCAUGCUGAAGAGACUUUGGUUCGGUGUGGCACCCGGUGGAAGAAUCAGUGCAGAGAGCUUAAAAUCGAAAAAGCGUGUGACAAGAAUGGUUGUAGUUGUAGUAGUUAUCUUCGCUGUCUGCUGGUGCCCCAUUCAAAUUGUAUUAGUUCUGAAAAGCGUUAAUUCAUACAGCCUGACCACUUUCCGCAUCGUGGUGCAGAUAACGUCGCAUAUCUUGGCUUAUAUGAAUUCAUGUGUUAACCCGAUUCUGUACGCUUUCCUGUCUGAGAACUUUAGAAAAGCUUUCCAUAAAGUCAUUGCUUGCAAUCAAAAGCAUACAGCUCUACCAAACAGAACCACUCAGGAAAAUCGAACAGAGCGAGAAACAACACUAAACAACGGGACAGCAGCUUCGAAACAACAGAUAAACAACUCCUCAAAUGACAUACUAUAAAGAAAUGUCAGAAUAUUCUUAAACUGAUUUGUUUGCAUAUAAAAGAACAUAAAAUGAGCAACUAAGUUCGAUUGAAAAAUAGACAAAUUGAGUACACAGAAUGCAUUUUAUUGGGGAAAUUCUAGUACACAAACAUUAAGAAAAAUAUGCACCCUAUGUACUAGAUCUAAUUUAAAGAAUUUAAUAAGUAAAUGGGAUUUUAAAGAUACAUUAUUUAUUACUAACUCAUUGAUACCAUUCCAUCGUUGGUUCGAAUGAAUGAUACAACUUUAGAAGGACCAAGCCAAAUAACUUUUACUAAGAUACACUUGAAUAUGGCGUUUGUUUAAAGAAAAAUACUGUGGUGCUUAAGAACUUGACUUCCUGUAUGUGCUUUAAAUAAUGUUUCCUUUAACUUUACUUUCAAUAUUCAAUUUCAUAUUUGAUUACUGUGUUGACUUUCAUAAUUCUAUUCAUAUCUAUUUAAAAUAUGUUUACGAAUGAAACCUAACACCUCCUUACUUGGGGUUGUUAAAAUUCAUACAUUUUUUUUAAAGUGACUGUAUAUAAAAUUAACGAAAACAACUUUAAUGUAGAUUUUACUUUACCUAUUUUUUUUAAAAAUGGAAUCUAAGAUAAUUAAAAUUAUCUGUUAUAGCUAUGGAUUUUAAAAGCAGCAACAGUUUUUCUUUUUUAAUUUGAAUAUAUAAUCAGAUUUAUUGUUUAAUUCAUUGAUAUUCUUUUAUCAUCGUAAUAAUGCUUAAAAAUUAUAUCUGACUUUAAAUUAUUUUCAUUUAAAGUAUAAUAAGCGCUUAAAUUCUGCUAUUAUUUGCGAAUUUUCUUGAUACUUUAAGACUAUCGAGCAAAGUAUUUAAUAUUGAAAACAAGUCAAGCUCAAAUUUCUAAGUAUUUUCGUUUCAAACUUGUAAGUUAAAAACUUUAACACCUAUUAGGUUUCUUUUUUAUGCAUAUUUUAUUCCUGCAUAUUUCGUUAAUAGACAUUUAAAAUGAAAAUUAAAAAUGCAUGAAAUGUUAUUCAUGAUAUUCAAAUAAAUAGCAGGAUGGAAUUUGAAGAUGCAUUGCUGGUUUAGUUUCACCUUGUCACCCUAAAGUUAUCACGUUUGAUGAAUAUAAUUUUUAUAAGAAAGGCAGUAAUAUUUGUAUGAAAGGGGCUCUUCAAAUGAUACUGCAUUAUAAAAAUUCUGUUUCAUCGAAAUAUUUAUCCCCAAACAUUGAUGUGCUGAUGAUAAAAUAUAUUUAUGUCAGUUUAUUCUCUUGUUGUAAGCACGAAGUAUAAAUAUCUUUGUCAAACAUUUAUGUCAAAUUUUCAAUCAGGUAUGUGAGCUUUCUUUCAAUGUAAUGUUAUUGUAAAUGUUUAUUAUGUUUUCAAAUUAAACUUUUAUGCAACGUA